AUGGCUAUGCCUCAGCUGGGAUAUGGAGAUGUGGUCACCGCCGGGAAGGGAUCUGCAAUGAGCGCUCUGCCGGCUAUAUUUGUGGAGAGGCAGGCGGCGAUGCCGGGCUCUCCGGGAGCCGCUCUCAGUCUGGGGGUACCCCCGCCUCUCCAUGCACUCCUGGCCCGAUAUCCGAGUACAUAUCCGAUUUCACAAGGAUACAGCCUCCAGCCCUACCCUGAUGUCCGGCAUCUCGCUCAUCUGGCGUCCCCCUAUGAUCUGAAGGCUGGAUGUGUCUAUUCCCAGGCUGGCUUCUCCCCAGCCGGCGCGCUCUAUUCUCCUUACCGGCCCAUGCCACACGGGGACCCGGGACGAGCUAAGAAUGCCACCCGGGAGAGCACGAGCACUCUGAAAGCCUGGCUGAACGAGCACCUGAAGAACCCCUACCCAACCAAAGGCGAGAAGAUCAUGCUGGCGAUCGUCACCAAGAUGACCCUGACCCAGGUCUCCACUUGGUUCGCCAACGCCAGGCGGCGACUGAAGAAAGAAAAUAAAAUGACCUGGGUCCCCAAAACCAAAUCGGACGAGGAAGAGAGUGAAAGCGACGACGAGGAAGACAAGAAGGAGGAGGAAGGUCUUCUACAGAAUCAAGAGCACCAGAAGGCGGGCAAAACAGAUGCCCACCAACAUGAUGGGCAUCAAGGUAGCUGGGAUUCGGAGACACCUUGCCCUGCACAUGGAGGCAAAUCAUUAGUCAAAGGUGUCAUAGACUGUGAGAAGAAACCAGGCAACGAACUGAGGGCAAACUUGGAGGAAAGUGAGUCGGAAAAAUCAGAACGGGGAACGUCUGAGGAGGAGCGCACACCAAAACGGGCAGAAAGCACAGAAUGGAAAGACAGUACAGGCCCAGCGCUCAAACCCAAGAUAUGGUCCCUUGCGGAAACGGCUACCUCAGACCAUGGGAAAAGCAACCGGCCGAGUCUGCUCGGUGGCCAGUCAGUGCAGACUCCUCCUGCGGUCGGUCACUACCAGAUCUGGGCUGGCGCCUGUUUUGCAGAGGGACAGCUCAUGUUAAACAGCCACUCCAGGCUGGAGUCAAAAAAGAGAGACCUUGCAGAUGUUCAAGAGAAAACGGGGCAAAAAGCGACCUCUGCUGGUGACGCGAAGCGAAUGAAUUGCCUGAGAUCCAGGCCGCAGGUUUAA